AUGACGUCAAUAAACUUAGAUAAUAGUGACGAAGGUAGAACAUCUUCAACAGAAAUCUCUCCUUUAAUUUCACAAACUUCACAAUCUUCUUCGUUGUUGCAUCAUAAUGGUCGAAGACAUUCAACAACUUGGGAUUUUCCUGGUCGUUGGGGUGAAGUAACGCGUAUCGAUUUUUCUACCACUACUAAUGAUAUUAUAUCAACAGCAACAGUUCACAAUGAAUCAUACGGCCCAUCAACAACAGCUGAUUCUAGAACAAAUUUUGAAGGGCGUAUUCCAAAAUUGGUUCACGGUGAAAAAGAAAAGAAAAGUCAUAAAAUGUUAGGUGAAUGGCAUGCAACAGCUAUUGCUGGUAAUGAUAUUUCCUCAUCAUGUCUUUAUACUGCAGGAAUAUGCGCACAAAGAGCUGGUCAAUAUUCGUUUAUUUCCUUAUAUCUAGUAGCUUUUGUUCUUUAUCUAUUUCGUAAUAUUUAUGCUGAAGUUGGUCUUGCUCUUCCAUUAAAUGGCGGUGCAUAUAAUGUUUUACUUAAUUGUACAACGAAAUUCAUUGCAUCAAUUGCAGCUUGUCUAACAUUAGUUUCCUAUAUAGCAACAGCUGUUGUAUCAGCUGGUUCAGCAAUUGCUUACGGACAAAAUUUAUGGUCUGGACUUGAUCCAUCAUGGGCUGUCAUGGCUUUAUUAGGAUUUUUUUGUCUAUUAACUUUAAUGGGUUUGAAAGAAUCAGCUAAUGUUGCUUUAGUUAUAUUUGCUAUACAUAUUGGUACAAUGACAUUACUUUUAAUAAUGUGUUUGAUAAAAAUUAUGAAAUCCUAUGAUUCCAUAACGAUGUUUAUAGAAAAUUGGCAAACAAAACCUUUAAAAAAUAUUCCUGAAGAUAUUUACUAUGGAUUUGCAUUAGCUUUAUUGGGUGUUAGUGGUUUUGAAACUUCAUCAAAUUAUAUUGAAGAGCAAAAUGUUGGAGUAUUUCCAAAAACACUACGAAAUAUGUGGUAUGUGGUUUCGCUAUUUAAUCCAUUAUUCUCAUUAUUGUCUUUAUUCAUAAUGCCAAUGGCUGAAAUUCGUCACCAUCGUGAUGAUCUUCUAGCUGCUAUGGGUUCAGCAACUCUUCAAUCGAAUUCUUCAACAUGGCUUGCACAAUUAAUAUCAGCUGAUGCAUUACUUGUUUUAUCAGGUGCUGUAUUAACAUCUUAUGUUGGUAUAACUGGUUUAAUACGACGUAUGAGCUUUGAUCGAUGUUUACCUAUAUUUUUAUCAUUUACAAAUCGAUGGCGAGAAACAAAUCAUUUUAUUAUAAUUGGCUUUUUUCUUGUUACAAGUUUACUGCAUUUUAUUGUUCGUGGUAAUUUAGAAAGUCUUGCUGGUGUAUAUACUAUGUCAUUUUUAAGUGUUAUGUCUUUAUUUGCUGUUGGAAAUAUGAUAUUAAAAUAUAAACGUUCGACUUUACCACGAAAAAUCUAUGCAUCUUGGCCACAUGUUGUACUAGGAUUUUUACUUGUUUUUGUUGGUCUUAUUGGCGAAAUAAUACUCAAUUUAGCUCAUGUAAAAUUUUUUAUUUUAUAUUUUGGUAUAACAUUUUUAAUUGUUAUGCUAAUGUUUUCAAGAAAUCGUGUUUUAAAACUUUUAAUUUAUUUUGGUGGUCCAAGAAGUUGGCAAGAAAUGCUUAAUCAACAAUAUAAAAGAAUAGAAGAUCGCCCAAUGUUAUUUUUUACACGAACAGAUGAUCCAUCGGUUUUAAAUAAAGCUAUAUUGUAUGUUCGUGAAAAUGAGUUAACAAAUUUUUUAAAAAUAUGCCAUGUUUAUGAGAAUGAGAAUCAAAUUCCAUCAAUGUUAGAAACAAAUGUCAAAUUUCUUGAUAAACAAUAUCCAAAGCUUUGUAUUGAUUUGUUACUCAUCAAAGGACAAUUUGAUCCACCAACAGUGAAACGACUUAGUGAACAACUUGAUAUUCCAACAAAUUUUAUGUUUAUAACAUGUCCAGCAGGCAAUUUUUCUCACCAUCUUGCUGAAAUGGGCGGUAUUAGACUUAUAACCCAUUCAUAG